UGCCUUUCGCUCCGCUCAGUGCGCCAUGUGUCACUCUCGCAGCUCACUCCCCACCAUGACCGUCCUGCGGGCCCCGACCCCAGUCUCCUCCGCCAGCCCCGGACCCCGGCGGGGCUCUGGUCCUGAGAUCUUCACCUUCGACCCUCUCCCGGAGCCCGCGGUGGCCCCUGCCGCGCGCCCCACCGCCUCCCGCGGGCAUCGGAAGCGCAGCCGUAGGGUCCUCUACCCACGAAUGGUCCGGCGCCAGCUGCCAGUCGAGGAUCCGAACCCUGCCAAAAGGCUCCUUUUUCUCCUGCUCACCGUCAUCUUCUGCCAGAUCCUGAUGGCUGAAGAGGGUGUGCCGGCACCGCUGGCCCCGGAGGACGCCCCCAGCGGCGCAGCCCCCGCGCCCACCCCGGCGCCCGCGGUCCUCGAGCCCCUUAAUCUGACCUCUGAGCCCUCGGACUACGCUCUGGACCUCAGCACUUUCCUACAGCAACACCCGGCCGCCUUCUAACCGGGACUCCCCACAUGCCCCUACUCAAGACAGUCCGAAAAACCAAAGAAACACCAGGUGUACCUGGUGCGCGAGAGCGUAUCCCAAACUGGGACUUUCGAGGCAACUUAAACUCAAAACACUGCCGCGGAGACGCCAGCCCGAGCCUGGGAUGAAACAAGCGCCGACACUCCGCACCGACACUCCCGGGCUAGGCCGCGUGGGGAAGAGCGUCAUUAAUUUAUUUCCCACUGAUCCUAAUUAAUAUUUAUAUGUAUUUAUGUAUGUCCCCUUAAGUGAUGGAGGGGUGUAUGUAAUAUUUAUUUUAACUUAUGCAGGGGUGUGAGAUGUGCCUCCCUGCUGAAA